CCUGCGCCCGCGGGUUCUGCCCGUUUUACGAAGCCGCCGUCGACGCGAUACCGUCGUUCAUAGCUCGAAAGCAUCCAACGGAUCUAGCGUCCUGCGAUUACCCCUCAGUAAGUCACAGCGACUUCGUCGUGCUCAAAUCAGUUAUCGCAAGAGCCACGGCAUACGGACAUUCCCUCCGUUUUGUAUUACACAUACACACACGCAGAGUAUAGAGAUAGACAAACACCUACGCGUAGGAAGACAAACGUUACACGCAAACACGCAUACGUGUGUCUGUAUCGACGAGCACGUUGUCUACGGGAGAAGAUAUUCCGAAUCUGCGGGUGAAAUUCGCGGAAAUACGCCGAGAGAUUGAUAAAAAUUUGAAGAAGACCUGGAGUAAAAUUGAACCUUUUUUUUUGAUACAGAUUAACAUACGAGAAAUACGAUUCCUAUUUUGAUAGAAAUUAGCGAUAGAUAGCAACGUGUUAAUAAGCAUGGAGCUCCAAGAAUCUUCGGAAGUUCCGUGUGUGGUUGAAUUGAACGUCGGUGGAGUAUUUUACACAACGGCUUUAUCGACAUUAACUACGGAAUCGGAGUCUCACCUGGCGGGGAUAUUCACGGGUCAAACUCCCGUUGAAAAGGACGCGAAAGGGAAAUAUUUCCUGGACAGAGACGGGGUACUGUUUCGUUACGUUUUAGAUUUUCUGAGGAACAAAUCUCUGGUGUUACCCGAGGGAUUUCGAGAGCGUGAAAGACUGCGUCAGGAAGCAAAGUUCUACGGACUUCCAGGACUGGAAAAGGUGAUACUGGAACGGAGCGAUUCCGUUAUACCAGGAAAACGAUCACCCGGCUACAUCACGGUUGGAUACCGCGGAAGUUUUGCCUUCGGUCGGGACGGUUUGGCCGAUGUGAAAUUUCGCAAAUUGUCGAGAAUUUUGGUCUGCGGACGGGUAGCUCUUUGCAGAGAUGUUUUUGGCGAGACGUUGAACGAGAGCAGAGAUCCGGAUCACGGUAUGUCCGAUCGUUACACGUCCAGAUUUUUUCUAAAACAUAAUUUCAUCGAACAAGCAUUCGAUAUGCUGCAGGAACAGGGUUUCAAACUAGCAGGAAGUUGCGGUUCCGGGACCGCCGGCGGUAGUGCUGAACAAUUAAAGCCGGGUGUUGAUUCAGAAGAAAACCGCUGGAAUCAUUACAACGAGUUUGUUUUUGUGCGCGAAUAAUUAAACCAUAAUUCGUGAUAAAGUAAAUUAAUAUCAUCCAUGAAUCGUCAUUAAAAACAAAAAUACACAGCAUCCAAAAUACGUACGCAAAAUAAUGCAGAUUUAAUCGGUAAACGGACUGUGUAAAACUAGAUGAUAAAAAUAAACGAGGAGGAAAAACGGUGGGAAGAAAAUAAUGGGAAUCACAAUCGAAGGAGAAAGAUAAAGGGUAAAAAGAGUGCGGUAUAUUCAGGGAGAAGAAGAGAAAGUCGAGCAGAUCGAAAGGAAAGAUUGAAAUAAAGGAGAUCGUCGCGCUGAUCUUGUUCAGAUUUAUGGUAGAAUUGUUGCCACAUUUAAAGAGCGAUAAGAUCGUAUUGUUAAUCCGGUAAAAUCGCUUCUUUUUCAGGAAGCUCUCCCGCACGGUUUUCUUAUCGUUAUUUUCCCCGGACCAAAACCUAACAGAAGAUUUAAUCGUCCGAUUUUAUUCUCUCAAAUACUUUUACUCGACCCCAAACGACACGGCGAAAGGAUCGGGGAUCUACUAAACGAUUAACUUUUGUCCGAUUUCUGGUCAUCAAUUUUUUCCAUCAUAUUAUAUAUCUGUACGUUAUGAAAAUCGGCUUGAAAUUCGAACAAUGAUGACCCGGAAAUAAUCGCGAAAGAAUUAUUACAAUAAACUAGACAAGAAAGAAAGAGACAAUCUCCGAUAACUCGACGUAAAAAUGAAUACAAGAAUUUUAAUAUAAUUAUCACCCAUCUCAUUUACCGUAGCUGAUAUAAAUAUAAAUAUAUUUAAAUAAAAAACUACUUCAUCCAGCUUAUAUUAUAAUUAAAGGAGAGCUGAAGAAUAAUCAAAGUAACAAAAAAAAAAAAAAAAAGAUGAGAAGAAGAAGAAGAAGGAUAAUAAUUUCGUGGAUCUCAAUACAGUGAAUAACGAUAUUAUUUGGAAAAGAAAAUUUGAAACAAUAUAGGUGCUGGAUAUUGCGAAAAAAAAAGAUACAAUUAUUAUUAAGCGAAUAAAAUAAAAGAUUAAUAUAAAAAAAUAACUAAUGACGAUAACGAUAAAGAUAAUAAAUAAUAAUUAAAGUUAGUAGGCAUAAUUAACGUAGAUAAAAGAAUCGUCAUAUGAAUAAAAAAACACCUGACAUUGAUGUAACCAUUGAUAAGAUGAAAUUAAAAUCAUAAGUUAAAAAGUAGAAGAGAUGAACUAAAAAAUGAACAAUAAACGAUCGAGUGGAGUGGCCACGAAAUAAUUAGCAACAGCUACGUAUAAUAAUACGAGAAACAAUUUGCUUUCAAAAUCUGCUUCGAAUUCGCGGGGCAAACAGAAUUCAAUGUUCAAAUAGUAUCCGUACACAUAGAGUUAGAGUAUGAUUCUAUGGAUAAAACCUGAGAGCAUCACACCUCUGAGUUGGAAAAAAUAAACGAACUAGCCAAGUGAAAAAAGGGGGAAAAAAAUUAGGCAUUGUUCAAUUCGGACCAAUAAUCGCGUACGAUAUUCAUAAUUUUCUAGUUGCGAACUCUGAGGUGAUACGAAUAAAAUUCUUCCUGCGAUCAAUCCGUUCUCGAAGAUUUAAAAUAAUCCACUUUCAUUCCAAUAGUAUACGAAUACAAUCGGAGAGAAUUACCGAGGAUGAAAAAAUCAUUUUCUCCGUUCAGAUCGAACGCGACCUAAUAUACGAUAUAGAUGUGAAAUACAGAUGUACGCGUAUAAUAUAAUCAACAAGUAGUGCAGAGUUAUAUACGUACAUAUAUACGUGUUAUGUAUAGGCAUGAUUUAUAUCAAUUGGCGCAACAGAAUUCCUGACCCUCCUGAAAAUGCGUAUCUACCUAUACACCACGAAUGUGACCUAAUUUUCUCAAUCACAAAUCGCUGCGAAUCCGAAAUAAAUUCAACGCAGACGCGAAGAAAUACCAAUUGGGCUUAUCUCGUUGAAAUUAUGUACCUUAUCAUCAUCGUUGGAUUUCACGAAUUUCAAUUUUUAAUUACAAAAUUCAACGGUGCACUAGUUAAAAAAAAUCAAAUAGAGGAAAAAUGAACCAAAAAAAAAAAAAAAUAAACUCAAUUAAGAAAUGAAGAAAAUGAAACUUGAAAAACUUUAAUCAACUUUUCUUCCUUCGCGAAGUUCGUCUUUUCGUUUCUCGAGGCGGGCGUCGGGAUUCCAUUUUGAUAUUGGAAUAGUUUCUGGGUCAAGUAGAACUGCCAUUUUUUUUUUUUUUUUUCUUUUUUCACCUAUAUCCGCAUAUAUAUUAGAUAUUAUUAUUAUUAUUAUUAUCAUAAGUAUACGCCCCGAAAGGCGACAUGUAAAGUAAAUCGUGGUACAUUUCGCGAUAGUAUCAAAUUUCUUUCCAUCAACUCUGUAGUGAAAAAUUAUUAUUUUUCUUUCCGGUGCCAUUAAUUACGCUGGGAUCAAGAACACGACGUCUCGUUAUACCUCAUACUUGUUACAAUCGGAGACCAGGCUUUUUUUUUGUUGAUCAUAUUAGAAGGAAAAGAAGAAUUGACGGAAAAUAAAUUCGUGUACGAAGGUGCAGAGAAAAUGGACUUGCAGGCAAAACUUUAAUUUCUCUCCCUUCUAUUGAUAUAUUAUUAUAUGUAUAUGUACCUGUGUGGGUAUAUAAUUAUGAAUUGUAUUCAAAAGAUGUAUAAAUAUUAUACAAUUCGUUAAUUUAAUCGAAGACACACAGGCGAAAGAGGUAUAAUUAUAUAGUAUAUGUAUAUGUUUGAGAAAAAAUAAUUAUCCAGAGAAAUAUUCAUGUAAAUAUAAGUUUGAAAAUAAAUAUAUUAUAUAUAUAUAUAUAUAUAUGAAGUAAAAUAAAAAGAAAAACUCUGAGAAUGAAAAGAAGUGAAGGGGAAGAUAUGAAGUAAAUUUGCUUGAUAAACUAUAUGGAUAAUUGUUAGGAUUAUAAAUCAUCAUCUCAUUAUAUUAUAUAUUAGAUAUAAAAAAUAGAUAUAUACACACGAAUUUUUCCGUCAAACGGAAAACUAGAACCAUGUUGUAAUAUUGAAAUCAUUUUGACAAAAGAAGAGGACAUGGAGCUUCCAGUUAAUUGAACAAAUAAUGAUACCAAUAUUAAUAGUAUACUGAGGUUAAUGUAACGAUCUCGUAAUUUAUUUAUAAAAGAAAAGACAUUAGGUCGAUAGUGUAUACAUAUUAUAUAUUCUACGAGCGAGCCCGAGUAUUGUGUUAAAAAAAAAAUUCGAAAAACUAAAGAGAAAAAAAUAAAUGAAAAACUCUCCCCAUGAAGUAUAAAAAUCAGAUCCCAUAUUCGAUGAAUAUAUAACACGAUAUCGAUUGCAAAAAAGAUAAGUAACGUAUCACCUUUUUUUUGUUUGCAGUCUUUUUAUAUGAAUUCAGAAAUAAAUUUUGAAUCAUUGCACUAGUUUUUUCUCUGUCUUUAAGAAUAGGAAGAACAUGUAAUCCCUCUUAAUAUUUGAAACUGAAAAUAUGUAUAAAGACCAUUAUGAUAUCUACAUAGCGGGGGGAUGAAAAAAAAUCGAACCACAUCAUUUUAAUAAUAAUAUUGAACAUACGAACCAAUUCACGUAUAAUAUAAUAUAAGAUACAAAGAGAGGAAGAAAGUUGAGCAAAAAAAAAAAAAAAGAUCAGAAAAAUGAGACGGGUAAAAAAUUUUACGACUACAUGAAUGUUAUAACAAGAUACCGUAAGAUAAUCAUUAAAAAUUUAAGAUGUAAACACCACUAACAAUAAAAUAUAUAGAUUUAAAAAGA